AUUUUUAACAAAAAUUCUAUAGCUUGUUAUUUUUGGACACUUUAAAAUUGCUCCCUCUUAUUUAAUUAAAUUCUGAAGACACAGUAAGAAUCAACUCUUACGGAUAAUUUUCUAUGUCAAACGUGGAAGCAUGAUGCUAAUUUAAAAUUUCAUAGCAAGGGACAUCAUAUUUGACUACUUAAUUCAGUACUUAAAAAUGGCAGUUCUAAAUCAAAAACACUUAAACUGGAAUAAAUAAACUUUAAUUAAGAACCAAUGAUUUAAUUUCUUUUUUCUUUACAAAAACUUUGACAAAAUCCAAAUUUAGGCGUCUUUUACUCUAUUCUUGUGGUGUUGGAGGGUUCUUAUUUCCUAAUUCCUCCGUUAACAAUGCAGGUAUUGUAUGAUUAGUAAUUAGGUUACUAAAAAUACAAAUUGACUUAGUCCCUAUAAAUCCCCUCAAAUCCUACCAUUUCAGUCUCAUCCUCCCCACAAAAGCUUGGAAACCCCAUUAUCCAACGAUGGCAGUUUCCAAGCUUUCACUCUCCAUUGUUGUUUCCUUAGCGAUGGCCUUGGCCAUGGCUCAACUCUCCCUAUCCCAAAACUCCCCAACAGACUUUCUUGCCCCGCAGAACGCCGCUCGAUUGAAGGUCGGGCUCAGGCCAUUAGUAUGGAACACUACAUUGGCGUCCGAUGCUGAAAAAUAUAUCACCGAGAAGAGUGGCGACUGCAUCUUGUAUCUUGUUGGGGAGACUCAGAAUAACGCUAAAGGAUCAGGUGCUUUCAAUGCGGCGGAUGCAGUGAAAGCGUGGUUGGAUGAGGAUCAAUAUUAUGAUCGCGAAACCAAUGCCUGUUGCGAAGAGGAUGGAGCUGAGUGCCAGCGUUAUAAGCAUAUUGUCUGCCGCAACACCAUCAGUGUCGGUUGCGCCAGGGCUCGUUGCAAGAAUAGCGAUGAGUGGCUCGUCAGUUGUAACUAUUAUACCCCUGGAAAUUAUUGUGGCAGUUGGCGUCCUUACUAA